AUGUUCUCUGAAGACUAUGCAUCCUCCAAGUGGUGCUUGGAUGAACUUGUCAAGAUCCUCCUCGACUGCAAGAAAUCAUAUGAACAAAUGGUUCGGCCAGUUUUCUACAGAGUCGAUCCAUCAGAUAUACAAAAUUAUAGAGGUAGCUUUGGGAAGGCACUUGCUAAUCAUGAAUGCAAAUUCAAAGAUAACAUGGAGAAGGUCCAGAUAUGGAAGGCAGCUCUUAAAGAAGCGGCAAAUUUGUCAGGGUGGCCUCUCUUGGAUGAAGAAAAUUCAAUGGGUGCUAGAGGCUUUGUCAAACUACAAAAGAAACUUCUUCGUGAGAUUCUAAAGACGAAAUUGAAGGUGGCCAAUGUGGCUAGAGGAAUCACUAUGAUCAAGGAAAUGUUGCAAUACAAAAGUGUUCUCUUAGUGCUUGAUGUUGUGAAUGAUAUUGAUCAGUUAAACAACUUAGCUGGUGAAUGUAGUUGGUUUGAUAUGGGAAGUAGAAUCAUCAUAACAACAAGGGAUAAGCCUUCAAACCAACUAGCUGGUUUGUAUCCAGGGGUUGCAUUUGGAUGCAUGACUUGCUAG